GACACCGCAAAUCUCCAAUUCCCCCGUCGAGUGUAACGUAUCUGAGAUUUUCUUGUCGGGGUAUUUUUCAGAUUUGUCCAUAAAGUCUUGGAAAUUAAAUCCAGACCCAUCCGAAUUCACAUAGAGGAGGAUGAGAACCACCGCAAAAGGCAACCAGGAGGAGGACGAGUACGACGACGAGGAGUUUGGCUCCCGGAAAGAGGGCCCUUCUUCCAAUUCCAACAGCAAAGAUGCCAAGAACAAUGAUAAGGCUAGUGUUAUACGAUCGAAACAUUCCGUCACGGAGCAGAGGAGGAGGAGCAAGAUCAAUGAGAGAUUCCAGAUAUUGAGAGAUCUAAUACCCCAUAGUGAUCAGAAAAGAGAUACAGCAUCAUUCCUACUAGAGGUGAUCGAGUAUGUCCAGUACUUACAGGAAAAAGUACAAAAAUAUGAGGGUUCAUACCAGGGUUGGAGUCCUGAGCCGACAAAAUUAAUGCCAUGGAGAAAUAGUCACUGGCGUGUUCAGAGUUUUGUUGGAAAUCCUCAGGCCAUAAAGAGCGAUGCUGCACCAGUGUCACCAUUUCCUGGAAAAUUUGAUGACAAUAACAUCUCUAUCAAUCCGAACAUGCUGCCAAACAGCACACCGAAUCCAGUAGAAUCUGACCCUAGCAGGGAUGUUGCCUCCAAAAUAGUGGAUCGGCAACCUGAGAUAGUGAACAAGGGGAUUCCUCUGCCUAUGCCUCUACCAAACAUGACUCCCCCGGUCAGAAGUGAUGGUGUGCUUGCCCAUCCUCCAGGACAAAUUUCUGAUGCUCAAUCAACUCAGUGCCCCACCACUAGCGCUAGCGAUGUGCUGAGCCAACAGGAGGAGCUGACAAUUGAAGGUGGAACAAUAAGCAUCUCAAGCGUAUACUCACAAGGGUUAUUAAACUCUCUGAGCCAAGCGCUACAGAGUGCAGGUGUUGAUCUGUCGCAGGCUAGUAUCUCAGUGCAGAUUGAUCUUGGGAAUCGUGCAAACCGAGGGCUGUCCUCUGGAACACCUGCCUCAAAGGAUAAUGAUAAUCCCCACUCAAGCAAUCAGACAAUGGCGCAUUUUAGGGAUGCUGGCAGCGGAGAGGACUCCGAUCAUGCCCAUAAGCGCCUCAAGACAUAGAACCAGUGUGACAUCUCCUUGUUCUCCCAUUUCACCCAUAUUUUUACUCCCUUAUUCUGCUUUGGGAUGUCUUAGUGCCCAUCUUCCGGUUAGUGUACAUGCCGUGCCUUGGUUUUUCCCUUUACAUAUUUCAUUGAGCACAUGCUGAGAACAAUUGUUUCGAGUGUAACAAAUGGAGCCCUUCAGGUGCGAUUUCGUGGUAAUAAACUUGUUAGCUCGUGUCUCAAACAAAAA